AUGUCGCUACCAUUUACAAUCGUAGACGCAUUUACGAAUCGACUAUUUGGAGGUAGCCCAGCUGCGGUCAUAUUCCUGCCCAGGGACGCACCCGUAUACCCGGACCAGCUCUUACAAGCCAUUGCUAUCGAGUUAAACCACCCGGCAACUGCAUUCGUCAGCCACACCGAAAUACCCAAGACUGAAAGCACCCAGUCUCCUCUAUUUGGAAUUCGCUGGUUCACUCCAGCAAGGGAGAUCCGUAUUUGUGGCCACGCCACGUUAGCCACUGCCUCUCUCCUGUUCCAGAACGAAUCUCUCGUUCCUAGAGGUCUCGACGUGGUUCGAUUCUCUUCACUUUCGGGCAUCCUGUCCGCACGCCGAGUCGCCGGCGCGUCCAAAGUCGAACUGGAGUUCCCCGUCGGUGAUAUCGAACCGACCGAUCAGGCUAUUUACGUCAAGGUGGCUAAUUCUGUAGCAAAGAACUCUGCAGGAAUAGCAUCAGAGGAUGAUGUUGUAUUUGUGGGAGUGUGUAAGGCUGCGCCGUACCAAGAAUAUAUUCUCAUUGAAAUCCGUCCCGAGAUUGACCUGGAAGCUCUACCGGUGAACCCUCUCGGACUGGUGAAUACCCCGCCGUUCCUCGCCUCUCACGUGAACCCCCCACAGCUGACAGUUUUAUGCACAGGCAUCUUCUAUCCCCGAAUACCCCCUUAUCGUUAUCACCAAUCAAGCGGUGGCACCAGAUGCAAGCGAAACCAGCCCGGCGGGCCACUCGGUGCCAGCGUCCUUUCAUUUACGCAUGUUCGCCCCUCUCAAGGUAUCGCACCCGGCGUGGCUAUGACCGUUCGACAAGUCAGCGCAAGAGGCGGAGAUGUCGAAGUCGUCUGGGAUGACGAAAAGGGCACUACCAGGCUACGUGGCGAGACCAGAGUGUCAUCUCAUG